AUGCUCGCAAUCUGUCAGAGCGUAACGGCACAGCAACAAGUGCCUCUAGAUACUGAAGUGAAGACCUUAUCCGUGACCCACAGUCAAAGCUCUGGCAUGACAACAAUGUGCAACUUCACCGGCAGCAAUACCAGCACUUGCAUCGUUGACAAUCAUAACCGCAGCAUUUACGCGCGUGCGUGGCGAUUCGUGCAGCGCCGACUACAUCUUCGGCCAAGAGCGUGCUCGUGUCCUGGAGCCAUGGAGACGACCGAUACAGUAGAACACACGCCGAUACCGAGCUGUGAGCCUAGCAAAUGGCAACGUGUUCACAUGCUGAAAGAGCUCGAGAAGUAUCGCGACUGCUUCACAGAGACAGCAAAGCAGACCCACACGGACGUUCGCGCACAGCCAAGGUUCAGGACACGGGUGCAACGCAAUGCCGCCCAGAUCACGUGCUACAACUGCGGGCUGCUCUUUUUCCGGCCGCUGUCUGUUGCACCGGACACAAGCGCAUUCUGCGGACGCGACUGCCAGAGCACGUUUGAGUACCGUCGCGACCUGCAAGACGUCGUGAACGAGCGCGAGCACUUCCAAGCCAAAGUUCAUUGGACGCGGAGCAGUGAGUUGUAG